AUGGCAUCAACUCAAAUUCACUUUAGCUACCCAACCUAUUCAAACCAAAACACCCAAGAUUCUUAUGAUGAUUACUCUGAUGAAGAUUAUAGCGAUUAUGAAAAUGAAAUUGAAUACUCUUUAGAGCAACAAGAUAAAUUAGAAUGGGGUAUUAAUGGCGGUGGUAGAAUGUCUGGAUCAAGUGGAUCAUCAAAGAAAACCAGCAAUAUUAACACCAAUGCCACUAAACCAGCAGCCAACACCACAAAAGUAUCACCAACCCCAUCACCAUCCUCAUCAAAUCAAAUUAAAUCAGUUGAACAAAUUUUAGAUGAAAUCGAACAAAAACAAGAAUUAAAAAAUAAAAAACCAGAGAUUGAAAAAACUCAAAAACUAAGCUCAUCCGAAAAAGAAGAGAUCCUUAAGAGAGAAACUGAAAAUGUUAAAAAAGAAAGACUCCCAUCCAGCGAAGAAGUAUAUAACAGAAUCAAAUGGGAAUUCAGUAGCAAAGUAGAAGAUUUUAGCAUUUUAUAUGAAGAUCGUUUUGAUGGUUUAAUUAGCGCUAGUUUCAAAGAUUUCGAAUAUGAUGUUAUCCCAAGCCACCGUAUUCAAAUGUUCAAAUAUAAAGAUUUUGUUAUUUACUCCCGUAAAGAAAGAAUUUAUAAUUUUAAUGAUGUAUAUAAAAACUAA